GCUAAGACUACUUGUAGGACUUAUUGUUGAGAGCUAGAUAAGCUUCCAUCUACAUACUCAUCUCUCCGCCUCCUUGGGAGAUCAAGGCAAGAUUGCGUGAUAUACCACAGCCACACCGAACCGGCCGUUCACACAUUGCGAAAUUCGCCCACAUUUUGAAGCCAAGUGAUUGAGUUAAUACGACAUAAAGUGGUGCCCCUGAGACUUACCGCGGCCGUGCUGAGAUGGGCAAAAGAUCACUUUGGUCAGGUAGCUGUGUCGAGCGAUUUCCGCUCAGAAAUGCGAGUGUCGCGUGAGCCACAUAGGAAAGGCCGGUUGGUCGCCAGCAAUGUUACGUAGAGGCCAAGCCUAGGCUGAUUUACCGAGACUACCUAGGUAAUCGACCACAUGGAUACACUUCGCUUGAAGUGGAGAUAUAUGUCUCCUUCAAUGUCCGAUCAUCAUUGCUGCGGUCGACCCCUUGCGUAGACCCCCACGAAGCUCCCGGUAUAAAAAGCGCUGCUGUCAGGUCCGUUGCAACAAAUUAAUUUCCUCAUCAACUAUAUUAUUACCUCUCAUAUUCAGAUCUCUUAACGACACUUAACAUCUCCAAACAAUAAACACAAACUAUAGACGAAUAUGAGGUUCGAGUUAGCGUUAGCCUCUAUUAUAGGAAUGACGGGGGUCAUGGGAGUGGACCCCGGUUCUAUCGGAAUGGGGGAUGCCCUGACCACGGCCAACAUGCCCGAAGAGUUCCUGGACGAUGUCUACUUCGUCGAGCAUGUGCCGUUGAUGGCUCUCCAAGUCGAUCCGCGAAUCUCGUACGCCCUCUACGUCCCCACCACCCACUACACCGCGGAUCCGGCCAAGUCAGGCGGCCCCAAGCUUCCCUUGCUCGUGUACGUCCACGGGACUGGCAGAAACACCGUGGCCAUCUUUGACGAACUGGUGCCCUUUUCCAACUCGACCCCCUGUGCCAUUGUAGCACCUGUUUUCCCCAUGGGGCUAGACGGACCCAACGACCUCGACUCCUACAAGCAAAUCAAUGGCAAGACGCUCCGCUCCGAUAACGCACUCCUGUCCGUCCUUGACCAGGUCUCCGUCCGUUGGCCCGGCAUUGAGACGAGCAAAGUGUUCAUGAUGGGGUUCUCGGGCGGCGGCCAGUUUGCCCACCGCUUCCUGUACCUGCACCCUGAUCGCCUGGCCGGCAUCAGCGUGGGAUCCCCGGGACGUCCCACCUUCCUGGACAAUACACAGGACUGGCCUGUGGGAACCAAGGACGUGCAAGCUGUUUUUGGCAAGGCCAUCGACACGGCCGCCAUCGCCAAACUACCCAUCCAGCUAGUCGUCGGAAACAAGGACACAGAAAUUCACGGAGACGAAGCAUUCUGGGAGUGGAAGAAGGAGACCUUUGGUGAUGGUGGCCUGCCCCCUAUGAAUGAGACACGAGUAGAGUCCAUCGAGAAGUUGCGUGACUCCUGGUCGGCAGCGGGGAUCCAGACUCAGUUUAACGUUGUGGAUGGGGUGGCUCAUCAAGAAACUGGGGUUCGUUCGACGGUGUUAGGAUUCUUAGGGCCUUUAAUCGCGAAAGGGAUUUAAAUAAUAAUCUAUAAAAAAGGGAUUAAAUUUAUGCUUAUGUAUUUUUUUUUUAAAUAUAUUGGCUUUUAAUUAAGAG